AUGAGCGUAGCAAUUACCAGCCGAUCAUUCUUCGGUCAAGCUCUCCGCCGCCCAACUCCAUUUCUCGAUUUCCUCCUACCCAGCUUCACCAUCCCCUCGUCUCGAACUCGCUAUGCACCAAUCACGACUUCCUCGGCCUCCCCAAACACCGAGCCAUCGCCUUCAUCCUUAAAGAGCUUCUCUUCAAACAAACGCCGGAAACCUCUCUCAAAGACACAGCGCGAGUUCCUCGACCGCGGCCUUCGAGUUAACCAAGCUGGCGAGCUCGCCGCAACUCUAAUUUACACACACCAAACACCGCCCAUAACUCGUGCCCAUCCACAUCUCCGGUCUUUAAUGCACCGUAUGUAUUCCCAAGAAGCGGGCCACUUCUCCACCUUCAAUGAGAUGCUCGCGAAGCACCGCAUAAGGCCAACGGCUAUGUAUCCUGUAUGGUCUGCCGCUGCCUCUGUACUCGGCUGGGGCACGGGGCUGAUGGGCAGGGAAGCAGCUAUGGCUUGUACGGAGGCUGUGGAGACGGAGAUUGGAGGACAUUACAAUGGGCAAGUGCGUGUAUUGCUUGGUUGGGUGAAGGAAAUGGAGGACAAAGGGGAGGAAGUGGGAGAAGAAGUGCGGGAGUUGGUAUCAACCCUGAAGAGAAUCCGGGAUGAGGAGUUGGAGCAUUUGGAUGAGGCGGUCGGAGAGGGGGCGAGGGAGGCAAAACCCUAUGAACUGCUGAACAGGGUUAUUAGAAGUGGUUGUAAGGGAGCUAUAUGGAUCAGUGAGAGGGUGUAG